CGAAGCGUUGGCAGAUUGAAUCGACGAAAAAGAAGAAAGAAUUUUUUUUUUUGGACAAGCACAAUUCACCAUGAAGGCAACAAUCCUUACACUGGCUGCCGCCGUGGCCCCGGUGCUGGCGGGCAUACCACCAGCCGAAUUCAAGUUCCCCGAAGCUGAAAGCGAGCUCAGUGUAGAAUUCACAUGGAGCGGCCAAAGCAGGACUGUGAUGGCGGGUCAAUUGUUUGGCAGCAACAUCACCAGCCAGAAGCCUCAGCUUGCGGUUGACCAGCAGAAGUUCAAAGCCCUGGCAGACUACAAGGGCGAAUACAUCAUCGUCAUGAUCGACCCGGACGCGCCAUCACCCGACGACCCAAAGCUGAAAUUCAUCCUCCACUGGCUCCAGACCUCGGUCACGGCCCAGACCACCAUGGCAUCCAACAGCACCCUCGGGGGCCAGAUGGCACUGCUGCCCAAGGCGGGACAGCAGCCGCAGGUGCCGUACGCGCCGCCCGCGCCGCCGCCGACGUCGUCUGCGCACCGCUACAUCAUCUACGCGUUUGCGCAGCCGUCCAACUUCACCAUGCCGCGGACCUUUGCCAACUUUAGCGGCACGAACCGCGCCUCCUUCAACAUUGACAAUUUUGUCCGCGACGCCAACCUCGACAAGCCCCUGGCCGCCGAGUACUUUUACGUGUCGCGCCAGUCCAACGUGCCGGGCACCUUUGUCGACCAGCCCGGCGGCUCGUACCCCGGCGGCAACGGCAACGCCAUCUUCACGGCCAACCAGACGAGGCCCGCCAGCCCGUCCUCGGGAUCGAACAACGGCACGCGCCCGGCACCCACGACACCCUCCAGCGGGGGCUCUGGUGGCGGUGGUGGUACCCCCGCCGGCGGCCAGGGCACCACCUUUACGCCGCCAUCGAUACCUGGCAAUGCGGCCGUUAAGCAGUCUGCUGGUAUGGGUGCGUUGUUGGGGGCUGGUGUCGUAGGACUUACUAUGUUGUUGUAG